CCAUGGCAGAGGUGGUGCUGCUGGCGAUUGUUGAAGUUGUUGUCAAGAUCCUGCUUCUUGGGCUCUGCCUCAUCUUGCUCAGGAGGAGGGCAUCGAAGGAAGAAGCCUCCCUUGGUGCCGCAGAGAUGCACACUGUCACGGCAGCCUCCGGGAUGUGUUUGCAGACAGUCAGCGUCCACUUCCUGCACAGUCCUCUCCAUGGAAUGAGACAGGGUGGAUGCAACUACUGGACCGAGCCUUGAGUGUGCUGUGCCCCACUGGACUCUUCUCCAGAGCCUCCUCUCCCAGCUGGAUGAAGCUGUCACGCAGGCUCUGGCCAGGAUCAUGAGAGAUUGUAUGUGCAGUGCCUGUCCUAGAGAUGGCGGGGUGUGUGUGUGUGUGUGUGUGUGUGUGUG